AUGCAGGCGUACUUUGCUAAUCAGAGCUGCGAUCCUUUCACUCCUCAAUCACAGCCCUGUGUUUUGGGCAAUUAUGUCUCAUAUGCGGUGAACGUUUCAUGUGCAGCCCAUAUCACCAAAGCCUUGGCCUUUGCUAGGACCAACAACAUCCGUGUCGUCGUUCGCAACACCGGCCAUGACUUCCUUGGCCGGUCCACUGGCGCCGGUGCACUGGCUAUCUGGACACACAAUCUGAAGAGUAUCGAUUUCAUGAACUGGACUGACCCCGACUAUACCGGCCCUGCUGUUAAAGUUGGUGCUGGCGUUCUUGGAUACGAAGUAUUGGAGGCGGCGCACGCUCAAAACCAAGUGGUUGUCACCGGCGAGUGUCCUACCGUCGGAGUGGCGGGGGGCUACACUCAGGGUGGUGGCCAUUCCGCUCUAAGCAGCACAUUUGGACUCGGCGCUGAUCAGACUCUUGAGUUCGAGGUUGUCACUGCCACUGGCCAGAUCGUCAAGGCCUCUCGUACCAACAAUAGCGACUUGUAUUGGGCGCUAAGUGGAGGUGGCGGCGGCACAUAUGGUGUUGUUCUCUCUUUGACCGUUCGCACGUACCCGGAAUCUACCAUCGGUGGCGCCAGCCUUCAGAUGGCCGCGGCCUACACGACACAGGACAAGUUCAACGAAGCUGUCGCAACGUUUCACUCCCUUUUGCCCAACAUGACAGAUCAGGAUGCGAUGGUUGUAUACUACGUCAACAACGCCGUAUUCGUCAUAAACCCUAUCACCGUCUACAACUCUACUGCGGCCUAUGUCAAAAAUACUGUUUUGGCCCCGUUUACCGCCAAGCUCACCGAGCUGGACAUUCCGGCAUCCAUCAGUUACACAGAGCUAUCUUACCGCGACCAUUAUAACAUAUACAUGGGACCUCUGCCAUAUGGCCACGUUGCAGUUGAGGAGUACCAAUUUGGCAGCCGCAUGAUUCCCCGCAGCGUUCUCGAAACGAACAACGACGCCUUUCAGACGGUGCUGCAGAACCUCACCGCCAAUGGGGUAUUGGCUGUGGGCAGCUCGGCAUCAUAUGUCGGCCCCAAGAAUGCUUUCAAUGCUGCGAACCCUGCUUGGCGCAAUACGACAGUCCACAUGCAACUGACGACUCCGUGGAACUCGUCGGCUGAUGCGUGGGGAGCAAUGCUUGCAGCGCAGAAGCGAAUGACUAACGAAUUUGUCCCGCAGAUAACGGCUGUGACUCCGGGGAGUGGCGCUUAUGUUAACGAAGCCGACUUCAAUCAGCCGAACUGGCAGCAGACGUUCUUCGGUAGCAAUUACGCCGCGCUACUGGCUAUUAAGACCAAGUGGGAUCCUGCAUCGCUUUUCUAUGUUCUCAAGGGUGUUGGUAGUGAGGCAUGGACAGUCAAUGCAGAUGGGAGAAUGUGCCGUGCAUAG